AUGUUGAUGCCAAAAAAAAAUCGUUUAUCUAUUUACGAAUACCUCUUUAAAGAGGGUGUUAUGGUUGCUAAAAAGGAUUUCCAUGCAGCAAAACAUCCAGAAUUAGAAAAUAUUCCUAAUCUUCAAGUAAUUAAGGCUAUGCAAAGUUUAAAAUCUAGAGGUUAUGUUAAUGAACAGUUUGCGUGGAGGCAUUACUAUUGGUAUUUGACAAAUGAAGGAAUUACAUAUUUAAGAGCAUUUUUACAUUUACCUGCUGAGGUUAGUAAUAUAUUUAUGGAUAAAAAAGAAAAUUUUCAGUUUUGUAACCCUACAUUGAAACGUCAAGUUAAACAAGAAACUGCCAGAGCUAGACCUAGUGCCCCAAGAUCUGAAGGAUCUAAAUUGAAUGACGAACGUGGUGCUUACAGACGUACCCCUGGUCUUGACAAAAAGGCAGAUGUCGGAGCUGGAACUGGUGAAAUGGAAUUUAGGGGAGGUUUCGGAAGAGGAAAAGCUCCUCAAUAA